AUGGAAUCCUUCGAAGAAUUGAUGCACGAACAGUCUACAAAAAUGAGCUCAGUUAUUCGUGCGAUAUCUAAUUUUAAAAAGUUAGGUCAAGCUAAAAUGACCUAUGCAGUGACGAAAAAUCGCAUGAAAACAUUAAAAGAAAAAUUCGAACAGUGCUCAAAAUUAGAUGCCAAAUUACACGCUUCCGCUGACUCCAAGGAGAAGACCACGCACCCCUACUUCUCAGAUCACGAAUUUGACGAGUGCGAAGAAGCCUACGAGACAGCGUUGGAUUAUUUCGCAGAGGUUGUACAUGAACUCUCCAAAUCAUCAGUUCAUCCUGCAGCUAACGUAAGUCAUUUGCACGAAUGUCAGUCUCAUACGACACUCAACCUACCGAAGGUCACAUUGCCGGUCUUCGAUGGAUCGUUCGACAAAUGGGAGAGCUUCCGCGAUCGUUUUCAAUCGAUGAUUAUAGAAGAAAAAAGCCUGUCUAACGUACAAAAAUUGCAUCAUUUAUUCUCGUGUCUAAAAGGCGAAGCGCUCACCGCGAUCGAACAUUUAACGAUUACUUCUGAUAAUUUUGCUGUAGCGUGGACGAUUCUUUCGUCCAAUUUUGAAAACGAGCGUCGGCUAAUCAAUUCGUAUAUACAUCGCUUAUUUACACUGCCCAAUGUUACGGCGAAAUCGGCGACCGAACUUCGAGCUCUACAGAGCAAAUUAACUGCCGCAAUUGCCGCGUUAAAAAAUUUGUCUCGUCCGGUCGAACAUUGGAGCGAUAUUUUUGUUUACAUUAUCACACAAAGACUCGACAAAUCCUCGCGCGAAGCGUGGGAAUUGAAGUUAGGAAAAACGACCGUCUAUCCUACGUUUGACGAAAUUAGCGCGUUCUUGGAUUCUCGUAUUCGCGCUCUCGACGCCCUUGUACCGAUCGCUUCGACACUCGAUAAACAAAGCGAUAAAUCAAACGCGAAAUUAAAACAAAGGGCUGUCACUUCGCAUACAACAAGCGCCACGAAACUUUCGUGUCCCGUGUGCGAAUCGAAUCAUUUGUUAUAUCAAUGUACCGCGUUCCUCGGAAAAACGCCGACUCAGCGAUACGAAAUUAUUCGUAACGGCAAGCGUUGCCUUAAUUGUCUCAGUUCGAAGCAUCAAGCGAAAGAAUGCCCGAGUACCCGCUCGUGUAAAGAAUGUCACAAAAGGCAUCACACGCUUUUACAUUUUUUUGACGCUCCGAAAUCAGCUGUUCAAGCGUCAUCGUCUCCCGCGUCAACAAAUCCCGUCAUCUCGACAAGUGACGUUUCCUCGCAUAUCGUUGCGAAAGCUGUAACAGCGCGUCACAUUCUCCUUGCAACUGCUCGCGUUCGCGUGCAUUCAAUGCACGGUCGAUUCCAAUGGGCCCGAGCGCUCAUCGAUCAAGGAUCUGCGUCAUCCUUUAUAACCGAAAAUUUAGUGCAGUCAUUAAGACUUCCGAAAUUAAAUACCGCUGUUAGGGUAACAGGUAUCGGCGAAACGCAGACAAACGUUCGACAUGCCGUUCAUCUAACGAUAACUCCCAGCAACGCGGACACUCCGGUUUAUCGAACCACCGCGUUAAUUUUAAAAUCGUUAACUCGAUAUUUGCCAAACCGUCUCGACAUUCCAGAGCAAUGGCCGCAUUUGAAUGGCCUUUCGUUAGCUGAUCCCGAUCCCGCAGGAUCAGAUCCAAUAGAAAUAAUUAUCGGAGCGGAUCUUUUCGGGUCACUCAUCCUCGACGGCGUUCGAAAAGGCGCGGUUGACGAACCGAUCGCUCAAAAUACCGCGCUAGGCUGGAUCAUAUCCGGACCUAUAGCGCAACUCAGACCGCUCUCGCAGUCGUCCAUUGGAGUACAUCAUUGCUCUGUUACGGAUGAUCUCAAUCAAACUCUCCGCCGAUUUUGGGAAAUCGAAGAAGCUUCAUCGAAAAUAACUAGUGAAGAAAAGGCAUGCGACGACCAUUUUAAUUCGACACACUCUCGAAAUUCUGAAGGUCGCUAUAUCGUCAGACUUCCAUUUAAACACGGACCUCCACUCAACAUUGGAGAAUCUCGACAUUCCGCGCUUCAGAGUUACCUUCGCACGGAAAGCCGCAUUAAAACGGAUUCAUCGAAAUCGUCGGAAUAUCAUAAUUUUUUAAAAGAAUAUUAUGAUCUGAGACACAUGCAACGCGUCUCAGAAACCGAACAAUUAAUCGACUCGAAUCAAAUCGUAUAUAUUCCGCACCAUGCCGUAUUCCGCGCUAACAGUUUAACAACGCGAAUACGUAUCGUUUUCAACGCUUCAAGUCGAACCUCAAACGGUACGUCAUUGAAUGAUCAUUUAUAUCCGGGCCCUAAACUUCAAAAGGACCUUGCUGCAGUGAUUUUGCGUUGGCGCACAUUUCGAUACGUUUAUUCCGCCGACGUGGCAAAAAUGUAUCGCCAAAUUCAAGUCGAUCCUCGCGAUCGUGAUUUCCAGCGCAUCUUCUGGCGGCCAUCUCCAACACAUCAAGUUGAGGAGUAUCGUCUCUGUACCGUAACGUACGGCAUGACUUCAGCUCCGUACUUAGCUUUGAAGGUCAUGAAUCAACUCGCCAUAGAUGAAGGCGCUUCAUUUCCAUUAGCCACAUCCGUUAUCGAUCGUCAAAUGUACGUCGACGACUUUAUCUUCGGCGCCGACGACAAGGUUCUCGCUCGUCAAACUCGCGAGCAGAUUGUUUUUCUUCUCAAAAGAGGUGGAUUCACGCUACGAAAAUGGGCAAGCAACGUGUCCGAACUCCUUGACGAGAUCGAAGAUACCGACCACGGUCUCGCUCAAAGCCGAGAUCUAAACGAAGAUGAGAGCUUGAAAAUUCUCGGUCUUACUUGGCAACCAGAUCGCGACAUCUUCAAAUUUACCAUUACGAUUACAGGGCCUCCUGGCAACACCAAAAGAAGAAUUUUAUCCGACAUCGCCAAAUUCUUUGAUCCACUUGGAUGGGCAACUCCAGUGAUUAUUCGCGCCAAAAUUUUGAUGCAACGACUUUGGAUCGCUAAAUGUGAAUGGGACGAAGUCGCUCCGCCGAAUCUGCUUGAAGCCUGGCAGCAGUAUCAUACUCAUCUUAAACAUCUAGAAGAGGUGAUGAUUCCACGUUGGAUUCAACUCGGCCAUCACGUACUGCAUCUAGAGUUGCAUGGAUUCUCGGAUGCAUCUACCAAAGCAUACGCUGCAGCGGUGUACAUUCGCGUUGUCACGGUGGAUGGAAUGGUCUCGGUCAAUCUUCUUGCCGCAAAAUCAAAAGUCGCUCCUGUCAAAGUAAUGAGUGUUCCGCGACUCGAGUUAUCUGCAGCUCAAUUACUCGCACGGCUCAUUCAUUUCAUUCGCGAAGCUCUCGACUUUCGUGAGGUAAAUGUUUAUUGUUGGACCGAUUCCACAAUUACUCUUGCCUGGCUGAGCCGACCUUCUACUACAUGGAAGACAUUUAUAGCGAAUAGAGUAGCCGAUAUUCACACGCUACUUCCGGACAUUCCAUGGCGUCAUGUCCCAACAAAGGAAAAUCCUGCCGACUGCGCAUCGCGCGGGAUCUCUCCCGACGACCUUGCCACAAACCUUCAAUGGUGGUCAGGUCCCGAUUGGCUUAUUAAAUCUUCCGAUUAUUGGCCAAAAUCUGACUCGGAUUUCGAUCCCCACGCGCUAAGCGAGCAACGCGCGCAACCACAAUCGCUCACUACAUCCGUUGUCGCAUCGUGGGACCUAUCACAACGUUAUUCGUCAUGGCACAAACUCCUUCGAAUAACUGCAUACAUCUAUCGAUUCGUAACGAAUUCCCGCUCUCGACAUAUCAAUCUCAAUCUGAAGAUACAAAACCCUAGAGCUCCGAUCUACCUAAAUCCGAUUGAAAUUAAGUCCGCUGAAAUCUUUUGGAUUCGUUACAUUCAAUCAAUUGUUUCAUAG